CAUGGUUCCCUUCCAGUCUCAGUCACACUCCACCUUCGCUCCGCUCCUGGCUCUUGUCCUGGCCUUGGUCUUUGGAGGAGUUCAGGUCCGCGGCGACUAUGACUGGUACGGUGAUAUUCCGUACUCCAGCUCCGAUCUUGAUUAUAUCUACACCGAUGUCAACUACGAUACAAUGUGCGCGCCGAGCGGAUAUGGGACAUGUGCCACCGAUGGCUACAGUUAUACCCUGUUUUCGAGCAAGUGCCUCCUGGACUCGCAGAAUCUCAAGCAGCUGUUUGCCGGCAAGAAGGAACUAAUUGAGGUGGAUCUGAAGCACUGCUCCUCGUAUUCCUCGCCCUCGUAUGGACCUCCUCGAGGCUAUGAUUCGAAGGGCAGCACCUCAGCCCAAGGAUAUUAUUCUCCUGCAGCUGCUCCUCCUUUUCAGUAUUCCUCGCCUUUAGCCCAAAAUUCGUAUGCCUAUGCAGUGGCCAGUGGUCCUUAUGGCGCCAAGGCUAGCGCCGAGGCUCCUGGGCCGCAGCCAGUUGCUCCUGCUUCCUAUUCGGUGUCUUACUCUGCUCCCUCGUCCUACCCUUCGGCUCCUUCUUCGUAUCCUGUUUCUUAUCCUUCUGCACCGGCUUCCAAUCCUUUGGUUCCUGCUUCAUACCCUUCAUAUCCCUCUGCUCCUUCGGCUCCCUCUUCGUAUCCCUCGUAUCCCAAACCAGUUCUGGUUUACUCGAGUGGCAUAAACGCCUAUGCCGCAGCAUAUAGUCCUUAUAGGACCACUACCCAGGCGCCAUCUAACGGAACCACAGUAUCAUCGGCCACCACAGCCACCACAAAGGCCAGAGGAUAUCCUGCUUAUCCUGUAUAUCCGACGACAACUGCAGCAACUACUGUGUCCACCGCUGCACCAACUACUGCGUCCACCGCUGCACCAACUACUGCGUCCACCGCUGCACCAACUACUGCGUCCACCGCUGCACCAACUACUGCAUCCACUCCUGCACCAACUACUGUAUCCACCGCUGCACCAACUACUGCAUCUACACCUGCACCAACUACUCCAUCUACCUCUGCUGCAACGACUGAAGCAACAUCUGCUGCAACGACUGAAGCAACAACUGCUGCAUCAACUGCUGCAACAUCAGCUGCAACUACUGAUGCAACUACUGCAACAACUACCACAGAAGCACCCACUGGCGGUUAAGGAAUCCCCAAGAUGAACACCUCAACUGGAAAAUUUAUCAACAACAUCACCAGAAAUUAGUACAGAAAACUAAAACCUAUCCAGAAAAACCACCUUAAAGAUCCCGAUCCCAUAGCUUAAAGACAUCACCACAACAAAAUCAUAAUUCCAAAUCGAGCAAUAUGUAGUGUAUCACUUGUAGUAUCUUUGGCCAACAAUAAAUAAAGCAAUCAGUACAGCACAUAAACAAGUUAGGUCGAUCGCA